AUGAGUGCACCAAACGAAGGAGAGAGGCUUUCUAUCAACAGCAGUCCCUCGAUUAAUUCACUGAAAGAAGAGCCAAAGGAGGAAGAGGUUCCAGUUCAAGAUUUUGUUGGUCAGAAUGUAGAAGCACACAGAACUCGCAGUCGAGCUGAAGAAAACUAUCCCAACCUUGACGAAGAUUUUGGAUACGAAGCGGACAUCGCGUUGUCGAGGAAGGCUUCAAGAUUAACAACCGAUUAUGACAAUUUAAUCCGUCAAGCUACAAAUACUUCCAGACCUUUGCCACCAAUGGGGGGCGGAAGGCCGUAUCCGAGAGAGUUGGGAAGCAGAGACCCAUUCGUUGUCCAAUUCGAUGGUGAGGACGACCCGGAACAUCCGAAGAAUUGGAGACUUAGAACGAAGCUUUUCUAUACGACAACAGUUGGUUUGAGUGCUUUUUGUGUCAGUAUUGGAUCAGCUUUGUUUGCUGAAGCUUCUCAAGACUUGAUGCAAGUUUUCCACAUAGGGUGGACGGUUGCAACUUUGGGUACUUCAUUGUUUGUUUUUGGAUUUGCUGCUGGGCCAGUCAUUUACGGUCCAUUGUCGGAGUUAUUUGGAAGAAAAAUGAUUUUGAUUCCCAGCUCUUUAGGAUACACAUUAUUUUGCUUUGCUGUAGCUACUGCCAAAGAUGUUCAAACGGUUAUGUUGUGUCGAUUCUUUGCUGGGUUCAUUGGUGCCGCACCAUUAGUUGUGGCUCCUGCAGUGAUGGCUGAUAUGUUUGGUGCAAGAACAAGAGGCACUGCGAUUACACUUUUUGCUAUGGUUUUGUUUGGUGGACCCAUGCUUGCCCCAAUUCUUGGUGGAUUUACUGUAAAAAACUCAUCUUUGGGAUGGAGAUGGACCUCAUACUUUUGUGGCAUUGUAGGUGCUUUGUCGUUUGUCAUGAGUAUAUUCUGCUUGGAAGAAACCCAUCAUCCGAUCAUUCUUGCUAGAAGAGCCGAGGAGUUGAGAAGGAGAACCGGUAAUUGGGGAAUCUAUGCUCCACACGAUGAAGUUUCCUUGAGUAUCAAAGAAAUUGCCGAAAACAACAUUACUCGUCCAUUGAAGAUGUUAUUCACCGAACCCAUUUUGUUUUUGGUCACUUUGUACAACGCUUUCAUCUACGGUAUGUUGUAUUUGUUCUUAACAGCAGUCCCCUUGAUCUUUAUUGGUAAGUAUGGUUGGUCUCAAGGUGUGGGUGAGUUGCCGUACAUAUCGAUGCUUUUGGGAACACUUCUGGGAGGAGUGAUUGUAAUUUUGGGAGAGAAGAGGUACAAUCUGGUAAUGGAUAAAAACAAUGGUAAACCAAUUCCAGAGGAAAGGUUGCCGCCAAUGAUGCUUGGAGGAGUUACGUUUACAGGUGGUAUGUUUUGGCUUGGUUGGAGUGGAGCUUUCGGCGACAAAGUACAUUGGAUAGUGCCCACUAUUGGCGCGUUCUUUGUUGGGAAUGGAUUAAUGUUGAUUUUCUUGCCCUGUUUCAACUACAUCAUUGACUGCUACCUAUUGUAUGCUGCUUCUGCAUUGGCUGGUAACACUUUUCUUAGAUCAGCUUUUGGUGCAGCUUUCCCCCUUUUUGCCAGGCAGAUGUUCGUUAAUAUGAAAAUUCAAUGGGCUAGUACUUUAUUAGGGUGUUUGGGUGCCAUAAUGAUACCAGUACCAUUUUUGUUCUACAUCUAUGGAAGAAGAGUUAGGGCAAGCUCAAAAUAUGCGUUUGUAUUGGAGUGA